AUGCCGACCACGGGCUCCCCCAACCUAUAUAGUUUCACGAACAUUGACUCCCUCGCGACACAUCUGCGCAAAUAUGUUUUGAACAACCAACACGCCGCCCUAAACAAACACGGCGUCUUCCGAGUCGCCGUCUCAGGUGGUUCACUCCCCAAUACUCUCGCCAAAGCCCUGCUCGCACCUGGCAAUGGCUCCGCCGAAGACACAGCCCAAUUCUCCAAGUGGGAGAUUUUCUUUGCCGAUGAGCGCGCUGUUCCUUUAGACCACCCAGACAGUAACUACCGUCUGAUCAAGGAGGAACUACUCGACAAGAUUCCUACCCAGCUUGGUGCACCCAAAGUCUUCCCCAUUGACGAAAAGCACGUCCACGACGAGGACCCAACCGAACUAGCCGACCUCUACACCGAAGUACUGAAGCACUCAUUCGCCGCCAAGGAUAGUGUCAAAUUCCCCGUCUUCGAUUUGAUUCUAUUGGGUGUCGGUCCCGACGGCCAUACCUGCAGUUUGUUUCCCGGCCACCCCCAACUCCGCGAAGAAGAUGCCUGGGUCGUCGGUGUCAGCGACUCGCCCAAGCCACCCCCCAAACGUAUUACGCUCACUUUGCCCGUGGUCAAGCACGCCUUGAGUAUUGCCUUUGUCGCUACCGGUGGCGGAAAGAAAGAUAUUAUGAAACGAAUCUUUGAUACAGAUGAGAGUCAGAGUUUGCCGAGUGGAUUGGUUAAUAUUCUAGCCGGGGAUAAGGUGUCUUGGUUCUCGGAUAAUGCGGCUACGGAAGGGGUAGCGUUUCCCAAGCGGGCCAGUUUGUAG